AUGUGGGAGGACGAGAGGAACCGCAGAGGAGGCCGCUGGCUCAUCACUCUGUCCAAGCAGCAGCGAAAGGCGGACCUGGACCGCUUCUGGCUCGAGACGCUGCUGUGUCUGGUGGGAGAAGCGUUUGACGACUACAGCAAAGACGUCUGCGGAGCAGUCAUCAACGUCCGCGCCAAAGGAGACAAGAUCGCCAUCUGGACCACGGACUACGAGAAUCAAGAGGCCGUCACUCACAUCGGGCGCAUGUACAAAGAGAGAUUAGGAGUCCCCCCUAAAGUGAUCAUCGGGUACCAGUCCCACGCCGACACGGCCACGAAGAGCAGCUCCAGCAACAAGGACUUCAGAUCCAGACUGGAGUUCAUUCUUCUCUUGGGAAGGAAAAAAUCCUUCAAAAUGACAAUACAUCAGAGUUUAUGGCUGUGGCUAUUUUUCAUGGUCAGCGGCGUGUGUGCGCAGUUCCGCGCCUUCAAGAGGAGCUCCACAGUGCAGGAGGGGGACGUGAGGCUCGCCGCCUCCAGACUCUCCUUCGGGGGUCGAGUGGAGAUCUUCCACGCGGGACAGUGGGGCACCGUGUGCGAUGACGGCUGGGACCUGGACGAAGCCCAUGUGGUGUGUCGCCAGCUGAAGUUCCCCCGUGCACUGUCGGUCAUGACGGGAGGAGAAGGCUAUUACGACAAACCAGCAUCGGGGCCAAUAUGGAUGGAUGACAUGAAAUGCAAAGGCACAGAGAAGUACCUACAUGCUUGUACUUUCAAAGGAUGGGGAAUUACUGACUGCACCCACAAGGAGGACGUAGUCAUACAAUGUGAUGCAGCUGGUUAUAUGGAGAGUGCAGCACUAUCAUCCUACCCCCUGGACCACAGUAUUAAUUUGUCUGAUGAGCUAGGGGAAGUCUUCAGCGAUGAGAGAUUCUGCGACCUCUCAAUCACUGCUCAAAGUUCUCUACAAGAUCAGGAGGACACCACACUGCACGAUUCAACAACACUAUGUGCUCACAAAGUGGUACUCUCACAAGUGCACGCCUUCAAUAUCACCCAAGAAACCCAAAACAUUACAGUUCAAAUUGCUUCCAACUGUCUUCCACAUUUUUCUUCUUUUAUUAGAUACCUGUACACACGGAACAUGUCUAUAGAAGAUGUUUUUUACCAACCUCGGAUCUACACCUCUGCCUUAUGGGCGCUGUCCUUUGACAAAUUGAAUCAAGGCAGAAUCAGGUCACAAGCCUAUGGAGAUUACAACUACAACUACAACUACAAUGAUGGCAGAACCAAGGCGUUCAACGUACCAUAUCACAGCAGCACCAUCUUCAAGGACAGGGAGGUCUCGUGGUCUGCAGAUAUAUUUGUUAACCAAUACGAGUGUUCAAAUCGAGGCUGCUACUGA